AUGGGCCAGAAGUUCCCCGGCCCUCAAGUUAGCCAGGCCAAAAGUUCCCCGGACCAGAAGUUUCCCGGACCAAAAGUUUCCCAGGCCAAAAGUUCCCCGGACCAGAAGUUUCCCGGACCAAAAGUUUCCCAGGCCAAAAGUUCCCCGGACCAGAAGUUUCCCGGCCCUCAAGUUCCCCAGGCCAAAAGUCCCCGUAUCAGAAGUUCCCCGGCCCUCAAGUUACCCAGGCCAAAGUUCCCCGGAUCAGAAGUUCUUCGGCCCUCAAGUUACCCAGGCCAAAAUUCCCCGGAUCAGAAGUUCCCCGGCCCUCAAGUUACCCAGGCCAAAAGUUCCCCGGAUCAGAAGUUCCCCGGCCCUCAAGUUACCCAGGCCAAAAGUUCCCCGGAUCAGAAGUUCCCCGGCCCUCAAGUUACCCAGGCCAAAAGUUCCCCGGAUCAGAAGUUCCCCGGCCCUCAAGUUACCCAGGCCAAAAGUUCCCCGGAUCAGAAGCUCCCCGGCCCUCAAGUUACACAGGCCAAAAGUUUCCCGGCCCUCAAGUUACCCAGGCCAAAAGUUCCCCGGACCAGAAGUUUCCCGGCCCUCAAGUUACCCAGAGAAAGCAAAAAUUAA